GCUCCGCCCAGCCGCAGCCUCAGCCCCUCGGGCGGGCUCGGAGGAAGAUGGCCGGGCACGGCGGGAGCAGCGAGGCGGCGCGGGGAGGCGGAGGCCGCGGCGUUGUGAUUUCAGAUGAUUGGCCUGGAUACAGUCUGGAUUUGUUCACUUAUCCACAGCACUACUAUGGAGAUCUGGAAUAUGUGCUUAUUCCUCAUGGCAUUAUUGUUGACAGGACAGAACGACUGGCUAAAGAUAUUAUGCAAGACAUUGGAGACAAUGACAUUGUGGUUCUCUGUGUACUCAAAGGUGGCUACAAGUUCUGUGCUGACCUUGUGGAGCACAUUAAAAAUCUCAGCAGAAAUUCAGAAAGGUUCAUCUCCAUGAAAGUUGAUUUUGUUAGACUGAAAAGUUACCACAAUGAUCAGUCAAUGCAAGAUAUGCAGAUAAUGGGAGGAGAUGAUCUUUCAAAGCUGACUGGAAAGAACGUUUUAAUUGUUGAGGAUAUUGUUGGAACUGGAAGGACUAUGAAGGUUCUGCUUAAUCAUAUAGAAAAAUAUAACCCAAAAAUGAUUAAAGUGGCGAGUCUGUUGGUGAAAAGAACAUCUUGGCCUGAUGGGUACAGACCGGACUAUUAUGGAUUUGAAAUUCCAGACUUAUUUGUGGUAGGUUAUGCCUUAGACUACAAUGAGUACUUCAGAGAUCUGAACCACAUAUGUGUUAUCAAUGAUCGCGGAAAAGCAAAAUACAGAGUCUGAAGCAGUGACACCCUCACUAGAAGAUUUGUAAGCUCAGAGAAGCAGAAAUUGGACUGCAUUUCUUCAAGCAUCUCUCAGAAGAGAAGUUCAACUCACUCCAGUUUCUGUGAACUCAGUGUAGGAAGGGAUUUACUCUAGAGAUACUGAUGAAUAUAUACAGAUGUGAGUGUUCCUAUCUAAAAUCUGAAGUAGACACUGGAAGUUGUUUUUGGUACUAAAAUUAUGGCAUGAUUUCUUUUUUCCUAAUAAUUUGUCUCAGUUUACUGUGAGUGCAUCUUCUUUGUGCAGUCCAUCAUUCCAUCUAUUACAGUUAAUGUACUUCACACUGUAUUCAUAAUGUGCUGUGAAAAAUUGUUCAGAAAUGUCAUUAUGUGCAUUAAGGUUAUUACAGAGACUUUUAGGAACUUCAGCAUCCAUGUGAUCUUGGCUGGAUAUGCUGCUACCAAACUGAAAAUGUUAUUUUGAUUUAGUUCCACAAUUCAGAAGUUUCAGCUGACGCUGUGUGUUGUAUGACUCCUGAUAGUCCUUACUGCUGCUUUCAAACCGAUGUUCUAACCCUCAGAAUGCACUGAAUUAGAGUGUUGGUACAAAAUGGACUUUUGCAAGACACUGUUGAUCUGAGCUUGGAAGAUGUCUUGCUUGCAUAGAUCUUAUCAGUUAAAUGUGCUGAAUUUUAACCAAGAGGAAACAACACCAGACAGGCUUCCAUUUCUGUAUUCCAUCCUUUGACUUCUGUAGUACACAAGCAAGUGAAAAAAUUAGUAUAGUGUUCUGUGUAUAUUUUCUUAAUUAAACCUCACUAAGCAACAAAAGUUUAAUGUUAAACAAUAAUUUCAGUGCCAAUUUGAUUGUCUUGGCUUGUCUGAGCUGAGACUUUGUGAAACUAUAUGUCUUCUGUAGGGAAUACAGAUCUGACAGUGCUGAAAGCUAGUGUCAGAAAGGAAAAAAUGUGCAGGAGAACACAAGCCACAAGUUAACCUGUGAAUGCUGCAGACUCCAUAGGUUCCUUCUUUCCCUUGCACAUCAUGUUGGAAGAAGUCUGUUAGUUUACAUGCUGUAUUUAAAUGAAAAAAUUAGUUCUGUGCUGUAUACAGCAGUUCUCAAUAACGUCCUGAGGGAAGCAAAUGUAAGGAGCUCUGUACCAACAGCUUUACUCUGAACUGUAAGAGGUAUGUUCUUAUCAGCUUAGGUUUCCUUUAAGUUAACACAGAUACUGUAAGAACUCUUGUUACAAUGCACAGUUGUUUAUUUUCCUGCUUGAGUAUAUUUUGCAUAUCCCAUAAAAGUUCUUCCAAAAUAUGCAUUCAAUUGUUAAUCUGAAUGUACCUUAUGUAUGUAUUCUGUCACUCAUAAUCUACUUCUACUUGGAUAAAAUACAUGGUGUUAAUGACAUGAAGUGAGAUCGAGGAAUUACUGAUUGCUAGAUUAAUGUUUUAGACCUUUAUUCUUUACUCUUUUGGCCUAUGUUUUGUAAAGUUUUCUCUUGAAAAGCUUUCCUUCAUAGAAUAAUGUCCUGCUUUAGAGAGGAAAGCACACCCACACCUCUGGUGGAAGGUGUUGAAAGGAGUUUCUUUUUUCUUUUUAUGAGAGUUUUACUUAAUGUUUCUGUUUUCCACGGAUUGGAACGUGGUGCAGGCAGACAUGCUUAGCGCCUAACAUGGGAGAUCCCUGAGAUUUUUGUGUCCUUUUAUCAUCUCAUCUUAAAAAGGUGCACUCCAGUUCCUUUUGCUGCUAUGAUCAGCCAACAGCAACAACAACAGAAGAAUGUAACAGGUGAAUUAGCAUGAAAUUAGUGGGAAAAUAUGGAGUGCUGUCGAUGCACUUCAUUCAGACUUGGUCAAAGUUGUUUCAUUGAAAGAUUCAGGUUGUUAAAAUCUACGUACCCAACAAAAAAUAACUUAAUUAUAGAAAAGAUAAGGAGAAACUGGAAUGUUUAUUCAAGUUAAAUUAAUUUCCUCCUGCCAUCAUAUUUUAAACAUGGUGAUAAAACACCAUAUGAAUUUCAGUAGUGAAUUUACGUGUGUAAUUAUACUGUGAAUAAGAGGUGUUUUAUAUUUCUAACAUCAUAUUUGAAUCUUCUACCCUUAUAGGUAAAAGCACGUCCAGGCAGUGGGUCAUUAUGCAUGUAUGUCACAUUAAUGCUGAGUUUAGUUUCUCCAUUCUGUUCAGAUAGUUAAAAAACAAAAACAACAUAAAAAUCUUACUAUUUCCCAUGGCUGUUUCACAGCUUAAUAAUAGUGUUGGUUCCAUGUGUCACAUGUGUCAGUGUUCCUGAACUGAAAGGCCACUCAACAUUUUCUCAGUUGCAGUUGAACCCUAUGACCCACAAAGCAAUGCAUUAUUUUUUUUUAAAUCAGUUCUGUAACAUCUGUUGCUGAAGAAGAGAGGAUGUUCUUCACAAUCAGUUAUUUUUCUGGACAUUGUGUUCAUGUAUUUGGCAGGCAUCCAUUUGUAUCUCAGUUUUUCUUCUCAUGCUCUCUAACACCAGCAUCCUUCCCCUACCCAUUGAAUACAAAUUAACAUGGGCAGUUAUUUGCUUUGAAGCUAUGUAAAUGUUUCGUAGUCUUCGGUCUUCAGAUUUCAUUCAAUUCAAUCAUGCUUGUAUCUGGUCCAGUUCCAAAAUAUCUGAAAGUAAAGGAAUUUGAAAUAACCUGAAUGGUAUGUACGUAGUUAUUAUUUUUUUCCAAGCAUGCUGCUGCAUGCUUGUAUUUGCAGUUGAACUAAGCAGUAAAUAGUGCCUGGCUUUUUUUUUGGACUGCUUACUAUUAAGGGUGUAUUUCCUGAACAUAGUGUGUUAAACCUUAGAAGGAUUUUUGUAAUUACAUUACUAGGUGACAUUCAGGUGUUUGCUAAAACAAACAAAAACGUGUAUGUGGUAUUCAGAACAGCUUCUGACCUGGGAAGGAGUCAUGUCACCACUCUGCACACAAUAAAAUGCUGAACUUGAAGAUGUACUUAUGGCACGAGUCAUCUCUACUGCUCUGUAGUGAGAAUAACAUUUGUUGGAAUAAAAGUACUGGAAUUUUAAA